UUUUUCAUUUCAGAUUGAAUAUGUCUGAGGACGAGGAUAAGGAGGGAGAGGAGGGGGAAAAGGAGAAGGAUGCUAAGAUGGAGAAGAAGGAUGCUAAGAUGGAGAAGAAGGAUGAUGAGAAAGAUAUUGAUCCUCUCAUGGAUGAAAUCCUGUUAGAUGUGGAUUGUCUGGUACAGAAUGAUCCAAGGUUGGAUCAUACACAAACUCUGGAGGAAAUAUUAAACGAGUCCGAUAUAUUAGAUCUAGAAAAUAGUUUUAGAGAGGAACCAGGGGGGACCCCAAGGAAAGCGUACGCUAUGCCGCCUGGUGGCAUUGAUAGUGAUAUAGGAGAAACUUUAUCUGUGACCUCCCUUGGGUCCCGGGGAACCAGGUCCUCCCAACACAACAAGGAUACAGGCCGAGGACUGGGAUCUAUAUUCCGUCACGUGAUCCUCAAGGGAGUAUCCGCACAGAUGACCAGCGCAGCAGACAGGGUUAAUACAGGCCACCCCACCUGUAUGGCUGCCACAACUAUGAUCGGUAUUGGAACACAGAGCGGUCACGUGUUAGUAUUUGACUCAAACCAGGUCAUUAAAUGGUUUCUAACGGGCACAGAGCUUAGAGAACAAUACGGAGCAGUUUCUUGUCUUGCCUUCAGUGUUGAUUCUACCCGACUGUUGGCUGGGUUUGCCCGCGGUCAGGUUAUUGAGUACGAUAUGAUGACCGGGAAACUUCUCCGGGAUAUUCAGGAUGUUCAUCCACAAGGUUCUGCUGUUGUGCAUCUCCGAUAUUCUGAGGAGAACAAUAGCGCCUUCCUCGCGGACUCUGGGGGCUCCGUAUUCGAGCUGAGCUUAACCCGAGGAAUCAGGGGGCCCACAGCAUCCUGCCGGUGUAUAUUCUCCGGUAGCAGGGGGGAGGUGUGUACUAUGGAGCCCCUGAGAGUGUCUCGGCAGCCUGAUCAUCCCCUAGCCAUGUUCUCCAUCCUUGCUCUCGCCACCAUCAGCAAGAUCAUCAUCAUUACCGUCAAGCCGAGACUAAAGGUGCUCAUGACCACUGCACUCACAGGAGAUGCUGCUAGUUUACCCCUGGUCUGUUGGCAGUUUGUUGUUAUACAAAACCAGUUUGCAAACAAAACAAGUGAUCCUGUUCUCACAUUUGCCAGAGGAAAUAAAAUAUAUUUCUAUCAGAUUUCUGUGAAUUUAUCCAACAAGAUACUUUUCAUACCUCUUCAGACUAUACAGCUAGGAUAUAACCUGCUAUCUGUGAGCUGGAUGAACAGUAGAUGCCUGGGACUACUGGAUCAGAAUGAACAGUUUCAUCUAGUUGAUGUUAGAACAAAGGAAACCCUGGAAACUGUAGACCUUACCAAGGCUGAGAUUGUGUACCAGGCCCAGUUCUUCAAGGGGUUAGCUAAUGGUGGAAAUGUGUCAGCAGCUUUCUCUUUAGCUGGAGAAAUGGCUGUGUAUGGAUCCAACACUGUGUUUACAAAUCAGAUCCUGGUUCUUGGGAAGAAAACUUUCCAUGCUCUUAUCCUCAGAACCUGGUCCGAGAGAUUAGAUCAUCUUGUUAAAGAUAACAAAUUCAUUGAAGCGCUUCAGCUCGGGUUCGAAAUGUUCGAGGAUCCCGGUAAAUCCUUGGUUGGGCUUCGAGGCUCCACGGAUAGAAAGCGAGCACACAUCACUCUUCGAUUAAUGGGAAUUCUCAAGAAGUUUCUGGAUCUGUCCCUGACGAAGAAUUUUCCAGAAGAGGGUGGGAUGGCAACCCUGACUAAGUAUUUUAACGAUAUAGUUCCUCCGUGUAUCAGCAUCUGUAUUAAACUAAACAAGGCGGAGUUUCUCUUUGACCGGGUAUGGAACACUUUCCAGCAGGACCCGUUCUCCUGCGCCGUGUUCCUGGAGAACCUGGAACCCUAUAUACUCAGCGACCAGCUAGAUGUUAUCCCAACCUCAAUCCUUCAGAGGUUUGUUGAUCACUACGAGAAGCGUGAGAAGUUCCAAGAACUUGAGGCCUGUAUUACACAUCUCUCAGUUAUGUGUUUAGAUAUUCAUCAGAUAAUGCUUGUGUGUGAGCGGCAUUGUCUUUACGACGCAAUCAUCUACAUCCACAACAACGCCAUUCUGGACUACAUCUCCCCCACGGAGAAGAUGUUGGAGGAAUUGAGGAAAGCCCAGGAAACAGGAGACCCUCUCACACAACAACAGAUUGAUGUUGGGAACAAACUGUUGGUUUAUAUCAGCUGUUGUUUGGCGGGACGAGCUUAUCCAUUUGGAAAUAUACCUCAGGACAGAGUUAAACAAGUUAAAUAUGAUAUUUACAGUACCAUCACCCUCCUUCAUUCCAGAACGAUUAAGUCUGAAGGAUCUGAACCUCCUUAUCCUCAUCUUCAUACCCUUCUCUUCUUUAAUACUCAGGCAUUUUUAAACGUUCUCUCUAUAGCAUUUGAUGAGGCAGAAUACAGAACAGAAUUAGGUAAAAGUCAGAAGCAGAGACUUGUUGAUAUUCUUCUUCAGGUUAUGGUGAAGGAUGAGAGUCCUUUUUCACCAACAGAAAUUGGAUUUCUUUUUACUUUUCUAGCACGACAAAUCUCCCAAGGAGACAGCUGUUUAUCUAUAUCACGUGACUUGUUUACAAGCGUGCUCGGAGUGCUUGCUGCGCCUAACGAAAGCGCGCACCGCGAGGAGCGUGAAGACGCGCUGCUCGAAAUGCUCGGUGCUGGUGGUCGGGAUCUGUUCAACCCUGGGGAACUACAGAGGGCCUGCCAAGCAGUUGGUUUCUACAGGGUGCUGAAACAGAUCUACCUGGAGCAAGAAAACUAUCCCAAGGUUCUCAGCUGUAUUAUUAAAGACACCUUGAGACGAAACCAAUCCUUCACCUUCAUCAAGUCUGUGUUCACAGAGAGCAAGUUCUCUGAGGAGAACAGGAAGGAAGUGGAGCAGGAGAUCCUCUCCAGUUUCCUAGACCUUUUCCACACAGACGUCAAGAAAACAGGGACAGUUGUGUUCCAGUUUAUCCCUCAAACUGUUCCUGAAGUGUUGGAGAAGGUUCGUGGAGAACCUGAGUAUCCAGAGUUCCUCUCCAACCUCCUGGAGCUGUAUGAGCUGGCGGAACCUGGUUCUCCUCGGAGAAGGAUGGAGGAUGUUUUCAGGGUUGAACUGUUUGAGGAGUAUAUAGAGAUACUUUGCCAGUCUUCCCAUCAGUCCGUGCUUCAGUAUGUCAAAUCUAAAGAGAAUUAUAGAUCUGAGGUUGUGAUGUCCUUGUUUGAGAAGUACAAUAACCUCGAGGGAAGAGUUUAUCUACUUGAGACAGAGAAUAGGUUUCAGGACGGAUUCAACCUUCUCCAGGAACAGCUGGAGAACAAGAUCCAGAGUUUUGUAUCCCAAUAUGAUCCUGACGCGGAGCUGAGGAUUGUUGAGAUCAAUACGUGUCUGCUGGGUGUGAUCCAGUUCUGCCAGCGUGUAUCUGGUAGGUUGGAGGAGGAGGAGAGAGACAGUUUGUGGACCACCCUCCUCGACACUCUUGGCAAACACCUGGAGAACAUGAGUAAUCCUGAACCAUGGAGAGAAAUGAUACGUCACGUGAUCUCGUCUAUGUUGGGGCAUGUUGGACACAAGAAGGUUGUAUCUCUCGUCCUCUCUAACCCAACCUCUAGUUCAGGGAAGUGGUCGGACCUCAAGCAGAUGCUCAUGGAGCUCACCGAAACCUUCAGAUACGAGCAGCAGCUGAUGGAAUCAGGUAUUGAAAUCCUGGAGAAGGAGAGAACCGAUAGAUUAAAGAGGUUGGUCAGGUUGCGAACUCGAGCUGUUUACUCCGGGUCAUUAAACUGCCCGGUCUGCGGCGAUAAACUUAGUUCUAGGGUUCGAUCUGUAGUAUUCACGUGCAGGCACGCUUUCCACGUGGAGUGCGCGGAUAGAUGCGGAGGUGUAACCCUCUCCGACUCCGGGGAGCAGGUUUGGACAUGCUCCGUAUGCAAUCCGAGUCCGGGAGGACAGGACACCGGGAAGAGAGUAGUUGUAACCGGAGGAGGAACUGUCAAUAUUGUAGAGGACGAAACUCUGAUGAAAUCUGUAAAAUCCUGGUCUAGGUUCCACCAACCUACAAACUAUAUUCAGGGCAUAGAUAACAAUCAUGAACAAGAAGGGUUCAUGCACACGGACAAGUUUGCGCUUAAGUUGAAACCCACGAGGACUAAUUCUGCAGCUGACUCUUGAAAAUUUGUCGUGCAGCUGAUUCUAGAAAACUACUAAGUUCCUUAUUUAAACAUUCCUUGAAACCCAUAGUUUACUUUUAUUAAUAAGAGAUGAAUUUUGUUUUGUUUUAAUUAUUUAGUUAUUUUUUAAUUAUUUAAUUUUGUGAUACAUUAAUCUGUGAUUAUCCUAUAGUAAAUAUUUUCCAGUUUUUCCCGGAUAAAAAAUCGUGUCAUUCGAAUUUUGUUUACUUUGUUUCUGUCCAUAUCAUCUCAUAUUUAUAACAUCUAGUCAUGUUACAGAA